AUGCUUGCAGAUAGUGCAAACCCGGGUGAUUCGGCAGUACAUGAGUCGCAAUCAAGCAUGACGACCCAUGAACCUACAGAUGAUAUUGAAAAUCUUAAAGCAGGGCAGCUGGCUAACUGCGAAUCUAUUCGAUCUCUGGCACAAUCUGUUUCUCACAUCGCCUCUGUUAUUUCUCAAUUUCAAAAAAGAAACGAGGGUAUUUAUAACAAGGAUAUUAGUGAACACGAAGAAGUCCCUUUAGAGGGCGUUAAGCAAGCCGAGCAUGCAAAUCACGCCAACUCCGAAGACCCUAUUGUCUUGACACAAUUAAUUAUUUCAAGUGAAAACAAUAUAGAAGAAUGCACUCCCUCCUUGAAAGAAAACGCUUUUGAUUUAAGCUAUGACGAAAACCUUAAUAUAAAUCUAAAUGCGUCAAUUAUUGACUCAACCCAUCUGAACAGUCAACAAAAGCACACCUAUGCUGAUGCCGUACAAUUAAAUCCUGCAUUAAUAAACGCGCCAGAAAAUAGCUCUCCCGGCCACAAUGAGAAAGCAAAAAGAGAUUCACAAGCAAUUUUACCUAAUAAUUCAGAUGAAGGUUUCAUCGGAGUUGAGCGUAAAAAGAGAGCAAAAUACAAACAAUUCUUCGUUUCCUGCAUCGCUGAAUCCGUUAAUAAAGGUCAAAUCUACUCGUAGCUUGACAAUAGAAAUGUAACCCCAAUAAUAUUACCACUUUCCAAAGUAAACGUAGAGGCACAAUUUCGGCCAAGAUUUCUAUCCCUUUGGCUUCUAGUUCAGACGUACUUGUAGAAAACUUCUGGCCAAAACAUGUUCGCUGUAAGCCAUGGGUUCAAAAUGAACGCAAGGGAAAUCCUACCGUGCAGCAGAAUAUUAAGACCCCCGCGGGAAAUUCCUCAACGUAUGUAUAAUGGGUAGUACAAUACCAACAAGAGCAAAAACAGGAGACCAACAAGAGCAAAAACACGAGACCAAUACAUUAUGGUAUAACGGCUUCGAUACCAGGAAGAAUUACUGCUAGAAAUUCUAGAAGGGUCCCUAACCAAAAUAGAAGUAACCCCAGUAAUUUGAAGACAAUUAAGAUACUCAAAGAUGGACCCCCUCAAGCUAAGAUAACUCCAAAAUGUAUGGUCAAACAAUACCCGUUCAUUGGUCAAACCUGAUGCUCUACCAGCAUUGACAGGUGAACUUCUCCAUAACAAUAUAGACGUAUGUUUUAUUACAGAAACAUGGUUUCAUAAGUGCAUCCCCUCAACUUUAAUAUGUCCAAGUGGUUAUACUAUAGUUCGUAUGGAUCGCGAUCUUCGGCCAGGAGGUGGGGUUGCCAUCUUGUGUAGAAAUGAUUGGAAAAUUAUCAAUGUCGACCUCGAUAACAAUUUCGAACGUAUCUGGUGCGAAAUUCACACUAUGAAUAGUUCAUACUGCGUCUCUGUAGUGUAUCAUUCACCUGAGCCAAUUUACAACGAAUCUGAUUUGCUUAAUUUCUUAUCUGAAUACUGUGAGAAGAUUCUGUUAUUGCAACCUAAUGCCAAAAUAAUUAUUGCUGGUGAUGUAAAUCAACUGCGCAUGCACGACUUUUGCAUUCAGCACAACUUUGAUCAAAUCGUGAGGAAACCUACUAGAGGUUCUCGGAUACUGGAUGUUUUCUUGACAAAUAUCCCUCAUUUAUGGAAGGCUCCUAUUGUUUUUAGAUGUUUGGUACGCUCUGAUCAUUCUGCGGUUGUUGUGACUCCGCAGCUACCUGUUAAGCCUGAGAGAAAAUUUGUAUAUUUUCGUGAUGUGAGGUACACCACCGAAAAAUAAAAAUGGAGAAUAAAUUGAAGGUAUAUAUAUGACUGGAGCCGGAUUUACGAUGCCAACACUGACGAUGUUGACGAAGGAGUCGAGUUGUUGAAUGAAACUCUUUGUAAUAUGUUCAAUGAUUAAAGUCAAAAUGUCGACUCGUGACACAGGGAGCCCAUCCCAUAUCUUAUUGAAAGCAAAUAUUGAAUGUACAUAUAGUAUUUAUAUAGCUCAGUGCUGAAUCUAAGGGCGCGCGGCCUGCCUGUUGCGGGCUGGUUGCGGGCUGGCAAGAGCGCGAGAGCUAAAAAGGAAAAAAUAAAGGGAUGAAACAUUGGCGAAGGCUGUCCGAAUGUGUUCCACAGGUUGCUAUGACAAAUAAAAAAUAAGAGUUUUAUGUUGCCAUAAAGUAUACUAGGGCCUAUUCUUCGAUAUCGUUCGGUUAAACUGUUCAAAAUAAUUGCUUAUGAGAAUGUUUUUCUCGAUCGAUUGCACAUGAGUGAAUGUCUGGAUGUGUUCCAUAGGUUGCUAUGACACGACUAUUUCCGAUCUUGACACGAUACUUCUUCGGAGUCUCCCGUUGGCAAAUGGAGCAAAUAAGUCGAGAACGAAAUUCCCCCUUGUUGCUGAACAUAAUAAAUGAAUAUGUACGUAUUUAUAUGUGUUUUGGUAAAAUUAUUACUCUUGUUUUCUAUAUUUCUGACCAAAUAUCAAAUAAAGUGUGUUUUACUGUUUACAUGUAUCAUUAAAGUUUAUAAUAUCAUUUAUUUUAAUAACUUUAAUAUUUAUAAAGGUGUGAUACGGAUACCAUCAAUUCUGGUCUCAAUCAUGAGCAAAAAAAAGUAUUCGAUCUUGCUGCUGAAGGGCACAAUGUUUUCUUUGGUGGUCAAGGUGGUACUGGUAAGACUUUCACAGUUAAAAGGCUUGUGAGUUAUCUUUCUGCAACAAAGAAUGUUGCUGUAACUUGUACAACUGGCAUGGCAUGUGAUUUGUAUGAGAAGGCUAGCACUUUACAUGCUUUUGCUGGCAUUGUAAAUUCUCGAAUGAAUGUGUAUGAGUUAAUAGUAUGUGUAUGA